AUGGAAAAUUCAAAAAUAAUUUAUUUAUUUUAUUUCUUAAUUGUUAAUAAUUUGUUAACAUCAUUCUUGUCACUAGGGAAUGAUAUUCCAACAGAUAUUCCGAGUUAUGUAAAAAAUUUUUUAUAUGAUUUUAAUACUUAUAGUUUAUCUAAGCAUCUAGAAUUUAUUAAUUUUAAGUAUAAUCUCACGAGGGUUAUUCUAAAUGAAUAUGAUAUUAGUUCUAAUUCCAAAAAAAAAAUGUUAUUAAAUAGUAAAAAUAAAUUACGUGAUAUUAUCAAUAAUAUAUUAAAAGAAAAAAAUUUUUAUUUGUCAGAUAAUCAAUUAAAAGACAUAAUUAUAUUCAUUAGUAAUGAAUUAAGGAGAUCAAAAAUAAAAAGGUCACAAGAACAGGAGAUUGAAGAUAUUGAAUGUGAAAAAAGUAAAGCAUAUUUUUAUUUUUAUAGGGAUGAUAAAUUAGAACAAAUUCUAAACAACAUGAAACAUUUUUGGAGCACUAGCGAAUUAAUCAAUGAUAAAGAUCCUAUGUGGAAAAACGAAAAGUGGAAUUUAUGGGAUUAUAAUUUUAAAAGUAAAGUGUAUAACUUAAAAAAAAAAGAUUCUAUGUUUUUUUUGUUAUUAAUUCAAAAUAAUACACCUGGAAAAGUGUGUCAUAGUAUUUACAAAUAUUUAGAAACCUCAUGGUUAGAGAGUUAUCGUGCUCCAUUUAUGUCAGAUUUCUAUUAUUUUGUUUACGAGUCUUUGGAAGAACUAAAAGAAAAAAAAGACACAAAUUAA